AUGGUAGGUAAAUGUCCAGGAUGUGGAUACUCUCCAAGAUCAGGUGAAACCCGCGAUAUAGAUAAGCAUUUGGAUUUAACACGAUCCAGACCAUGUCAGGCUCUCUUACAAUUAACACGAGCGCAAAAUGCACCUCAAACAGAAAACGCUACACCACCAGCUCCAGAGGGCGAUUUCAUUUCAUUCGAUGAAAACCAACCGACACUCCAGCCGAAUGAGCAAAUAACAACAGGCGCUUUAGUAUUCGCUGAAAGAUAUGAAGGAGAAGCUAUUCAAUAUGAUGUAAACUCGAUGUAUGUAUAUGAAAUGUUAAAGAAAGAGGCAUCAUGGCCGAUUGCAUCAGAAUGUGCUAAAGAAUAUGGAUUGAAAGUAAAUUUAAUAGAUGAAUCAUCAAAUGCACUUAUAUGUGAAAAAAAUACACAUAUAAGUGGAAAAGAUAUGUUUGAAGAAUGGGGCAAUAUAUUAUAUAACAUUAAGAAAGAAGGAGGAGUAGCAGGAGAAGUUAGUAAGAAGUUAUUAGUUUCAUUGUGGGGUACAUUAUGUGAGCAAAGAAAUGAACAAAAUUAUGACGCUCAUUUAAGAAUUAAACCGUUUCUAUCAGCAUCUGCCAGAAAAAGAAUGUCAGAAAAUGUGAGACCAAAGCGCAUUCAUAUAGAUGGAUUUAUAGUGGCAGGACAAAUAAAUCUCAAAACAGAUAUGAAUUAA